AUGGCUUGCUGCUUUGGCGGCAAGCGAGGGUCCAGGAGCAUCAGACACCAUCAAACCUUCCCAAGUGACGGUCAAGAGAGACAGCAGCCAAUUGAAAUGACACACAAGCAGAGCGAGUCUGUCCUCGACAGGUUCCACUUGCACGACACAACUGAUCCGACGAUCACAGAAACCUCUCGAGCAUACGGCACUCUUCAUUUCUCAUCAAACGACAACAAGGCACCCUUCCUCUGCCUCUCCAAGGAUGAUUCGCCGACGGAUGCCCUUGAGUUUGUUGAGGCGAUGAUGAAUGCUGGUGCUCAGCACCGCUUCGUCAAGCCAAACCUGGUUCUGAGCGUUACAGGGGGUGCAACCUCCUUCGCGCUGUCGCGUCACCUGGAAGAAGCGCUGACCAAAGGCAUUUCAAACGUCGUGCGCCGCACAAACGCUUGGGUUGUCACCGGUGGAACACACACAGGUGUAAUGCGGCUCACUGGCUCCAUCAUGGACAGCCUCUACAAGAGCCAGAAGAACAUUGCAUCCCCCACCAUCGGGAUCGCCACACUCGGAGUGCUGGCACAGCAAGAGGCGCUGCUGAAGGGCGCUACUGUCAACCACGACCUUGCUGGAAAGUCAAAGGGUGUCAACUUGGAUCCGAAUCACACUUGCUUCCUCCUCGUUGACGAUGGCUCGCGCGGCAAGUUUGGUGUUGAAAUCCCCUUCCGCGCCAAGUUGGAAAAGGCCAUCUUCGACAAGUGUCAGGCAUCCAUAAUAUCCAUCGUGAUUCAAGGGGGCGUCGGCACGCUGGACACCGCAUUCAACGCCGUCAAGGAACGCACGCCGCUUGUUGUUGUGAAUCAUUCUGGGGGAGCCGCAGACGUGAUCGCAUACGCCUACUACCUCUUCCACGGCGAAGGCUCUGAGCACUCCUCUCUCAGCGGCAAGGCAUUGGUGGGUCUUGUGAAGAAGGCGUUCAAGCCAAAAACUCAAGCGGACCUGAACAAGAUACUCCAGCGCGUCUUCGACUGCGUGCUUGACCGCAAAGCUGUGUUUGUGUUUGAUCUGCACCAAGGCGGCCCAGAGGAGUUUGAGAACCAGAUCUUCGAGGCCAUCAUUUCCACAAAUCCCAGUCUCAAAACAACGCUUACCACAGCUAUGCUGUUUGACCGAAUGGACGUCGUGACGCGUCGCCUUAACGAGCAGCACGUCACCGAAGAGGAAACAAAAGUGCUCUCGGAACUGCUCAGAACAGCGCUGUCGAGCAACAAGCCCGAAUUUGCCAAGCUCCUCCUCAAUGCCGGCGCAUCUGUCACAAAUGUAAACCCCAAGAAAUCGCCAGUGGCUGGCUUCCUCAAGGCCAUUGAAGAACUUUACGAGGAAGAAGCCGAGCACAACUCGGAAACGCACUUGGUGCGGCUGGUGCAACUGUCGUACACAAACACGCGCGGCCGGGCACUGUCCUGCCUGAGCAUUCUUGGACUCGUUGACGAUGCUGAAGAGCGCUCAAACGACGGCGAGUACAAUGUUGCUCGCAUGAGCGAAAUCUUGUGGUCCCUCGUUGGCUACAGUGAUGAGGAUCUCAAGGCCGAAGUGACUUCACAUCUCGCCAUCAAGGGCAUCAUUCACGAGGAGGCUGUCAGGGAGAAGCUUGCACUCAACCUGCUAUUUCUGUGGGCCGUCUGUCUGGACCGGUUUGACCUUGCCCGCACGCUUUGGCUGCGCAUUGACCGGCCCGUCAUGAAGGCGUUGGUCGCCAGCCGCAUCCUCGCUGCCAUGAGCGCACAUGCUGCUCUUUCCGGCACGUACUUGGCAGAGGAACGCAAGAUCAUGACCGCCGACUCGAGGCGCUUUGAGGACCUUGCUGUUGGAGUGCUGGACCAGGGCUUUAACGACGACACGGACAAGACUGAGAAGAUUCUGAAACCAGACGACGAUGAAGGCACCAGCCCCGUACACGUGGCAUACGUGGUCAGCUCGCUUCGCUUCCUGGCGCACCCGGCAACCCAAAAGCUUCUUCAGCGCGAAUGGACGGGCAACAUCGGCAAGAGUCUUCCUUUCUUUGCGGUGGCGUUGGGGCUGCUCGUGCCGUGCAGUGUGCCACUGUACCUCUACAUUUUCCAACCACCCGCUGACAUUCAGGAAAAGGGGGCAGAGAGGACUGAUGACAAAGACGGAAUUCUCAAUGACAGCCGCUUCGACAAGUUUAUGCGCGAAGGCGCGCGCGUGGCCGAUACUGCCAAGAAGGCGGUGAAACGACCCAUUUCCCUGGGCAGCUUCGUGUACCGCUUCUACAUGGCCCCAUCUACCAGUUUUGUCUCUGAUGCGCUGUCGCACAUUGCGCUGUGCCUGCUCUUCUCCUUCUAUGUGAUGGACGAGAUUGCCACGAGCAUCACCGCUGUUGAUGGCGUGCUGAUAGCCUGGUUCCUUGCAUUCGUGUGCGAGGAGAUUCGUCAGAUGUACGACUAUGGGAUACGCAACUAUGUUUCCAUCCUCUGGAACCAGCUGGACUUGACCUUGCUUGGCCUGUACAUCUCCGGGCUCGUUGUUCGUGUCGUUAACCUCGAUGACAUCUCCCUACAACUUGCAAGCCGUGGUAUCCACACGUUUGUGGCGGUUGCCCUUUGGGUGCGCCUCAUGCGCUACUAUGCCGUCAGCGCCACGCUGGGCCCGAAACUCAUCAUGAUUGCAGAGAUGACGAAGGACAUCCUCGCGUUUGUCUGUUUCCUCGUCGUGUUCAUUCUGGCAUACGGCGUGGCAGCACAGGCACUGCUGUUUCCUGCGGUCCCCUUUUCUGCAGAGAAGGUUAUCAACGUGCUGUAUCGCCCAUACUUUCAAAUGUAUGGCGAGCUUGAUCUGGAAGGCCUGCAAGCAGACUCGGGCUGUAUGGGCGAUUUGGCAUUUUCUCAGUGUCCCCGUGAGGAAGUGCGCCUCCUUCCUGUGUUCUUCGCCGUGUACAUGCUCAUCGCCAACAUCCUUCUCAUCAAUUUGCUCAUUGCCAUGUUCAAUGACACGUACGCCAGAGUGAAGGAAGAGGCGGAGACGCUGUGGCGCAAACAGAACUACGAACUGCUGGACGAGUACCGGCACAAGCCGCUGCUGCCGGCCCCGCUGAGUCUGAUCGCCUAUGUGGUGCGCCUUGCUCUGUGGGCCGGAAAGCACGUGCACAAAUGCACCUCUUGCUGUGGCCCCACAGAAACCACUGUCGUUGUGCAGCCCAAACGCAACGAAUUUGAGGCCACGUGUGCGGAGCGGCAUGUGGAACAGACCGACAAGCAGGCCCGAGAGGCGAUCCAGACAUGCGUUCUGGACACGAACCGGCGUGUUGCCGGCGUGCAGGACGGCAUCCACGCGAUCCUGGACCGCUUGGCGGCGUUUCAGGCGGUGCACGAGCGACAUAUGACACACCUGCGAAAUGCCACCGGCCCCAACCACAACGAGCCUGAUUUGGGCUUGUCACGCUCGAACAGCGUUUCCUCCCUUCAAGACACCCCGUCCACUAACAAGCGCUUCGGGCCGCCGCCUCCUGUGUUUAUUCCCAGUCGCAAAUACCCGGUUGCUGAUGAUGAUGUGACACGCUGCUCCGUCGACCUCGAUUGCGUGCCAUGGAUUCAUGUCUUCCCCGAUUAUUCGCCAGUCGAGUACACGCAUUCGUCCGUGCUGCUGAACCCUAAUUGGGCAGACCCAACGGAUCCGAAGGGGAUUGGCUUCAACGAGAAGAUGAACGGCGUGGACCGCACCUCGUGUGGAGGGGAGUACGAGGUUGACCGGCUGACGGGCCGACCCAGACACCCACGCGGACGCACGGGCAUGACCGGGCGCGGCCUGCUUGGCAAGUGGGGCGUGAACCAGGCCGGGGACACGGUGGUGACGCGGUGGCGGCGCGCUUGCGACGGCAGCAUCAUGGAGCGCGACGGCAAGCGCGUGCUGGAGUUCCUUGCCAUCCGCCGCCCAGACAAUGGCAUGUGGGCCAUCCCUGGCGGCUUCGUGGACAAUGGAGAGGAGGUGAUCGAGACACUGGGCCGCAAGUUUCUGGAAGAGACCAUGGACAAGGCCACGACGGAGCUGACAGAUGACGAGCGCCACGCGGUGCAGCAGCUGCUCUCUGGUGGCGUGCCUGUGGCGCGCAUCUACAGCGAGGACGAACGCAACACGGAUAACGCAUGGGUCGAGACCACCUGCAUCAACUUCCACGACGCGACGGGCCACCUCUCGUCCAAGCUGGAAUUCAAGCGCAGUGAUGAAAAUCUGCUAAACGUGGCAUGGCUGCCCGUCUUGGAGCAGCUGGGCCUCUUUGCGUCCCACAGCGAGCUUCUCCGUCGAGUCGCUCGUCACCACGAUGCCUACUUCUGAACGCCGCCGCACCUUCACGCACUCUUGCACCGACAGCGUGUAGUGGGCCUGUGUAUUACUGCCCGUGCCUGUGCCUGUGCCUGUGUCUGCUUCGUUCUGCUUUCCCUCUUUUUGCAUCUUCUUCGUUCCUUGACGUUACACGAACACCCAUCCAAGUGUCCCUCCCUUUCUUUCUUCCCGUUCACACCAACAAGAUGUGGGCAUGCGAUGUCACGCUCUGCUACCCAACAUUGCGCUUCUGUUUCCAUCCUAAUGAAGUCCACGUAGAAUC